UCGGUCGCCUUGCAGAACUCUAGAAGAACCGAAAUAGAGGAAAUAAGUUGAAUUUUUACGGCGAUCUAUGAUGGCUUAAUCCCUUUGCUUACGGCCAUGAGCUAAUCUACUAGACCUGCUUCUUUUAAGAUGUCUGCGAAAGGGAAUGAGCUACGGAAAUUAAGCGAAGAAAGCUUGACUAGACCACCUGAAGAAGUCUUUGAUGUUCUCGAAAAGCUUGGCGAAGGUUCCUAUGGCUCUGUUUACAAGGCAAUGCACAAGGAAACAGGUCAAGUUGUCGCCAUCAAACAAGUACCAGUUGACACAGACCUGCAGGAGAUUAUAAAAGAAAUAAGCAUGAUGCAGCAGUGUGAUAGUCCGUAUGUUGUGAAGUAUUAUGGAAGCUACUUCAAGAACACAGAUCUCUGGAUUGUUAUGGAAUUCUGUGGUGCAGGAUCAGUGUCAGAUUUAAUGAAAAUAAGAAAUAAAACUUUGACAGAAGAAGAGAUUGCAUGUAUAUUGAAAUACACUCUUAAGGGACUUGAAUAUCUUCAUUUGAGAAGAAAAAUACACAGAGACAUCAAGGCAGGAAAUAUCCUGCUUAAUGCAGAGGGCCAUGCCAAACUUGCAGACUUUGGAGUUGCUGGUCAACUCACUGAUACAAUGGCGAAAAGGAACACUGUAAUAGGAACUCCGUUUUGGAUGGCUCCUGAAGUGAUACAGGAAAUUGGUUAUGACUGCUUAGCAGAUAUUUGGUCUUUAGGAAUAACCGCAAUAGAAAUGGCUGAAGGGAAACCUCCUUAUGCUGACAUUCAUCCAAUGAGGGCAAUAUUUAUGAUUCCAACCAAACCCCCUCCGACAUUUAAAGAUGACGAAAGACGGAGUAAGGAAUUCUUGGACUUUGUGAGCAAAUGUCUUGUGAAGAAUCCAGAAGAAAGAGCGACUGCUACACAGCUGUUACAGGACUGGACAGUGACGCCAAACAGAAUUAUCGUCCGUCCUUUAUGGAUCAUUUUGACAGAAUCUACGAAGCUGGAGGUCGAGGAAGCGAGUCUGGCGCCAAUGGUUCUUCUGAAGAAGACUCUGGAGGACUUUUGAGGGGAGUGAAACCAGAAGAUCCCUUUAAACUUAAGAAGGAAGGCCCCCCUGACUUUGAAUUUUUAAGAUCUCUUCCUUGCGAUGAACUGCAACGGCGAAUGCAAACACUGGACAUGGAAAUGGAAAAAGAAAUUGAAGGACUUCGGUCCAGAUACCAAGCAAAAAGACAACCCAUCCUUGAUGCUAUGGAAGCAAAGAAAAGAAGGCAACAGAACUUUUAGCAGCGUCAUGUUGCCUCGACGUGGAUUGUACUAUACUGCAUGUGUUGGAGAGAAAUUUGUGCUAAAGAAUAUUUAAAGGUUUUACGUCUCAAUUUUUUUUGCUGCGUGUAAAAUUACCUUCAACGGGAAGGAAACAACAAAAUAUUAGUUUUGUAAGAUAAAAAAAAAUACCAACAUGGAAAAGGUAAACCAAGAGGGAACUAGGUUGAUCAAGGAUUGAGAGGAUAUAAAUAGAUUGUAAAUGACAUACUUGAAGGUUUUAAGCGAAAUUUUUUCGAGAUUCUGAUUAUCUGAAGUGGUUCCUUUAAGUCCA